AUGUCCAUUGACACGCACUCAACUUGUUUCCAGUUUCCACACUCAUCACCUUCUUUCAUCAGUCAGCAUUGAUCUCUCUCUGUCCUCCGCUCCUUUCUUCUGACAACACCCGUGAUGCUGCUCAGUAUUCAAUCCCCACUCUUGUCUCUUUUAUUUUCCCAACUCUCCUUUUCUUUUAUUCAAAUAAUAAUAUUAAUAAUUUAUGACCUCAUUUCUAUUUCCUUUUCACCAUUCUCAGAAAAAAAAAAAAAAAAAAAUCUAGCUAGCUCCAUUUCCAUCAAUCUUCAUUUGAUCAUUUCCCGGAUCAAUGGCUUAUAAUCUUCCCAACAUUUUCUUAUCCUUUACUAUAUUUCUCUUCACCAUUUCAACCCUUUUCAACAAUGCAGUUUCCAAAACUUACUGGACAGAUGUUCACGUUUUGAAGCAAAUCAAACAAGGUAUCGUUCCUGACUCACUGAGUCCUGGUUCCUGUAUUAGUUCUUGGGAUUUUUCAGUUGACCCUUGUGAUAAUCUCUUCUCUGAUAAGUUUACUUGUGGCUUUACCUGUGAAGACGUCGUUUGGGGUAACCAUUAUAUCAGCCGAGUUACUGAACUCGGUCUUGACCAGGCGAGUUACUCAGCUUCUCUUUCUUCUGUUUCUUGGAACCUUCCAUUUUUACGUUCUCUUGACCUUACUGGGAAUAACUUUUCUGGGCCUAUACCUGCUUCUUUGUCAAACUUAACUCGCUUAACUAAACUCAUUCUUUCUCGUAACUCGCUCUCUGGUGCAAUCCCUGACUCAGUGGGUAAACUCACUAACCUAGAAGAACUCGUUUUGGAUAAUAAUGCUUUAGUGGGUCCCAUCCCAAAGAGCUUUUCUGGGUUCAUCGAUUUGAAGAGGUUAGAAAUUCAGGGGAAUCAACUCAGUGGCGAUUUUCCUGAUCUGAGUCGACUCAGUACACUGAGUUUUAUGGAUUGUAGUGAAAAUAAAAUCUCUGGGAAAGUUCCAACUAAUUUUCCUGCUUCAUUGGUAGAGAUUUCAAUGAGGAACAAUGAUUUAAGUGGGAAUUUGAAGCAUGAAAUCGUUACAAAAUUGCCAUUUUUACAAGUCUUAGACCUGAGUUUUAACCAACUCAGUGGGUCAGUCCCAGCGAGUCUGUUCACUCACCCGAUUCUUCAACAGCUUUCUCUUUCCAACAAUGAUUUUACUUCAAUUGAAGUACCGAGUGGACUCGGUAGUACUGAGUCAGGGUUAAUAGCGAUUGAUCUUAGUAAUAAUCAAUUGAGUGGUCUUCUACCAUUAUUUUUGGGCCUAAUGCCGAAAUUAUCAGCUUUAACGCUGGAAAAUAAUAAAUUGAUGGGCCUAAUUCCGACCCAAUUUGCAUUGAAAACAGUUUGGCCUGGGCCGGGUAUGGCCCCAUUUGAGAGACUAUUAUUGGGCGGUAAUUUCUUGUUUGGGCCCAUACCCGACCCAUUAAUGAGGCUGGAGCCUGGUUCGAUCCAUAUUAAUUUGGCGGAUAAUUGUUUGUUGGUGUGCCCGGAUACCCUAUUUUUUUGCCAAGGUGGUGAUCAAAAGUCUUCAGAGGAGUGUAGGAAUAGUAUUGGAAUUCCUUGAAUAAUAUUAUAAUAAUGAAUGUAAUUAGGAAAUAAUUAAUAUUAAAAGCAUAUUGAAAAACAUAUAAUGAGAGUGGUAAAAAUACCAAAACAAUCUCAUUAUAACAAAGACUACUUUUGGUUGGGAUGUUUGGAUAGCAGAAUUUUUGUUUUGUAAACUUUAGUGAAUAUUUUUUUCAUAUGUAUUUAUUUGUUUUUUUAAUUGGAAAAAAGCAUCAAAUUCUAAAUUGCACAAGGCUAAGUUAUAUUUGUUUUGUUUUAAGAAAGUUAACAAUGUUUGUAUUAGAAUGUGUAUUGGUUCAUUAUAAAUUCAUAUAAUUAUAAUAAUUAAAAUGUGGUGUACGAAAU